CACUAGUAGUUUUAAAUUUGUAGUGGGAAGUAUAGGAAAUGAUGUAUGCCUAACAUCACUGAGACCGUGUCCGAAAUAUACGACCGAAUAUUUGGUAUACCUCACAUCUCCAUUAACAACCGUCCGAUUGAAAAUCUGGUUUAAUCACACGAUACAUAUUUAAUUCAACGUUCCGCCGCUGAUCUAAGUCCUUGUUUCUUCUUCCCUAGUCGCCAUCGCCAAACUCUCACUCACCCACUCUGUAUUGUUUGCAAAGUUAAUAUGGCUAACCAUGACGGAUCAAAUGAAUGGUCUUCGAGUUUACCUCACCCUAAGCUCAAUGAAAGAAUACUUUCUUCAAUGUCACGGAGAACUGUUGCUGCUCACCCUUGGCAUGAUGUAGAAAUAGGGCCAGGAGCUCCAUCAGUUUUCAACUGUGUGAUUGAAAUUGGCAAAGGAAGCAAGGUUAAGUAUGAGUUGGACAAGACAAGUGGACUUAUAAAGGUUGAUCGUAUUCUUUACUCAUCGGUUGUCUACCCACACAACUACGGUUUUAUCCCACGAACCAUUUGUGAAGACAGUGAUCCUAUGGAUGUUCUGGUUCUGAUGCAGGAGCCUGUGCUGCCCGGUACCUUCCUCCGUGCUCGUGCUAUUGGACUAAUGCCGAUGAUUGACCAGGGUGAGAGGGAUGACAAGAUCAUAGCAGUUUGUGCUGAUGACCCUGAAUUCCGCCAUUACACAGACAUCAAAGAGCUUCCUCCACAUCGGUUGGCUGAAAUAAGAAGAUUCUUUGAGGAUUACAAGAAGAAUGAGAACAAAAAAGUUGAUGUUGACGAUUUUCUACCAGCUGAGUCUGCCGUUGAUGCCAUCAAGUACUCCAUGGACCUCUAUGCUUCUUACAUAGUUGAAAGCUUAAGGAAGUGACUUCUUUAGAAACUGCAUAUCCAGUUGCAAUGAUCUCUAAAUUACUAUACAAAUGAGAAUAAAACUAAACUCCAUACACAAUGUUAUUUCUGUAUCAUCGUUUUGUUGCACUUGUGCUGCUCUGUCUCUGGCACAAGCGCAAGCAUCAGUAUCUAAAUCUUCUGAUUUGAGGUUGCAGUUUUGCCAUCGAGUACUGAGCUCAUUUCUAGUAUUUUGAUGCAUUGAUUUAUAAAAGUCAUAAUUAUGUUCUUGUUUGUAAUGUCAUCGUUAUUAAAUCAAUAAUAUUCUCACACUUUCUUUUGCCCUUUA